UCUCAAAAACGAGGAUUUUCAGCCAUGUGUGGGUGCUUUUUCGGUGAAUAUUAAAACAUGGCGGCAAAUUAAGUUUGUCUCUACAGACUUUGUUGGCAAAAGAGGCCUGAACACCUCCCCAGAACGAAAAGCUAGAAAUCGCACUGCUUAUACCCUAUAAAUUUAAGAACAAAUUAAGAACAAUCCAGCCUCAGAUUUUCGGAAAAAUUAAGAACAAUCAGCGUGAACUCAAAUUUACUGGUUCCUUUAAAAAAGUGUGUAUUUUUAUUGAAAGUCGGCCGGGAAAUAAAUCGGGAGGGAGUAGAAAUAGCUCAAAAGCUGCGUAGGAAUAGUCCUUGAGCUACGGAGGCCCAGCGCCAUAACAACAAACAACAGCAACAAAAUGCCAAAAGCCUUUCUUGACUACACUGGUAAAUUCACUUCUGACUUCACGUGAAAAUUAAGAAUUAUGAUAAGGUUUAAAAGAAAUCCAAAAAUCCACGAAAGAUAUAAUCUUCUAACUGCACCAGCCUUAAACUUAGAUGAAGAUGAAAAGAAGCAAGGAGGUGGUGAAGAGUUCGCUACAUUUUUAAGAUCUUUGUCAUCAACAAAGCAAAGCUCUCAGUCAACUGGCUCAGGUGGUGUUGCAAGAACAAAGUUUUCAAAUGUUGGUUCAAAGUCAUUUGACAAUGAAAAGUCAAAGUCUGAUUUACCUGGCUACCAACCAAGGCAAGGGGGUGGUGUUGCUGCAAUUAUGCAGCUCAAAAGCAAGAAUCAAGAGAUCCAUGAUAAACAGCUCAAAGUGAUUGAAGAUCACAUGUGGCAGCAUAAGCAAGAAGAAAGAGAACUGAAACGAAUAGAGGGUGACAUUGUUAAGAAACAACGCCAGUUACGAAAAACUAUGCAGGAUUACGAGAGCGCGGUGUACAAAAAACAAAGAGAAGAAGAAAUACAAGCGCUGAAGGCAAAAGGUGAUCUAGAGAAGAUUAAGCAAGAUGCUGCUGCGCAGGAGAACAGGCUGACGAGAGAGAAAAUUGACAAAAAUAUUUCAAGCAUACAGCGGUCAAAGGAAAGAGACAGAAAAGGCCAGACAUCAAUAAGCUCACAAGAGUUGCAAUAUGAGCGGAUUGCAGAAGAAAUCAAUAGGAGAAGGCUUGAAGUUGAAAGCAUGACGAAAGAAUUUGAGAAUAAGAUGAAGCUGAAAGAGGAAGAGGUGUACAAAUUGCGAAAGGAGUUAGGAGAAAUGGCUAUCAGCAUUAAUAUGGAAUCCCAAAAGCAAAGAACGUUGAAGUAUGAUGAAGAGAAGGCGAAGACAGUCUCUUCAAAGCAAAAUCUACUGGAAAAACGCAAGAGAAAUGAAGAUUAUACAGAAAAAAUGAACGGAACCACUGCGAAGGCUUUGCAGGCCGAGAGAAAGCAACAAGAGCUAGAUAAACACUUGGAUACUACUUUAAACCACAUCUCACUAAAGAUUCGCGAAGAGGGUCGAAAGUUGACUGAUGUAAAAUCACGAUUGCAAAAGAACUCACAGCUACAGCGUGAUGCUCAAAGUGACGCAUUGCAUGCUGCCUAUAACAGACAGGCACUUGACAGUGAUGAGAAAAUCAAGCUUGUAGAUGCAAGGAAGGCAGCCUUACAGAAUUCAUUGACACGUGAUCGAAAGCAAAGGGGCGCACAGAUACUGGACGAAUGGAGAAAUAGGUAUUUGGAGAGAACAAAUGAGGUCAAAAUGAAGGAAGUGGAAGACAGUGUGAAACAUCUCAGUAAAUUUGUAGCAAAACAGGAGGAUAUAGAGCAGUCUCUUUACAAUCAAGUUAAGAGUUCCGAAUCUGAGCGACGAAAGCAGGAGCAGACUGUAGAAGGAAUUAGGCAAGAGCUUAGUGCUGUCAAAAAGGAAAACGCAAGGCUUAUCAAGGAAACCUCCAUUCGAUGCCACAAACGAGAAGAAGAACUGGUGCAGAAGCUUCUUAGAGAGGAGGCGGCAUUGAAAAAGGCGUUGAGUGAAAGAGAAGAAAAGAUUAGAUCAUUUGUAAAACAAAGAGGGUUCUACCAGGAAGAAAAAGAUAUGUUAGCUAAGGAGCAAAAAAUUCAUCAGAGAUUGAACAGAAUUGGACAAAAGUCAGAAUACAUUGACCAAGAAAUGUACGCGUAAUUUGACUGAAAGAUUAUGCAUAUCGCAAGAUCAUUUAAUAGCACUUAUGCACAGACUGUCUCCGUCAUUGAAGAUUGAAGAAUGAAAUAUACCAAUUUACUGUGUCAUCUUCCGUGGUCAUCAUAGGAUAGAAAGUCAGGCAUGUCUCAAU